GAUAUGUGGCGAUCGCUUGUUCACUUGCAAAACAUGAGAAUACUCGGUAAGAGUUUGACUUUGUUGCCGCCGCUGAUGCUGUUGCUGCUGGCUGCGCUCGUUUGGCACACGGAAGCCCAUCCGGAAGGCAGGAUCAUCAAUGGUGCCCAGGUGGACAUAACACGACAUUCGUAUUGCGUUUCAGUGCGCUACCGUCGGAGCAGCAGCUCGCCGUACAUGCACGAGUGUGCCGGAGUGAUUUACUCGGACCGGGGCAUUGUCACGGCAGCCCAGUGUCUGGUUGAUCUGACGCAGGAUACAAAACUCAUUGUGGUUGCUGGUGCCAAUACACGCAAUGGCAGCGAUGGUUUCGUCUAUCCAGCCUCGCGGUGGGUCCAUCAUCCGCAAUAUACACCCAUCACGGUGGACUAUGAUAUUGGUGUCAUCAUAUUGGAUACAUCAUUAGAUUUGACGCAGCACGGCUUGCGAAAGAUCGAGUUGCGUCCGGAACGUCCGGCGACGGGUCGUGAGGCGAUCGUCAUCGGUUGGGGCUAUCGCGAGGAGUGGGGUCCCUCCAGCCCCAAACUGGAGCAGGCACGUGUGCCCAUCGUUAGCUCGGAACAGUGCAAUGGCAUCUAUGGUGCCGGUGAGGUGACGGAGCGCAUGAUCUGUGCCGGAGAUGUAGCCCAAGGUGGCACCGAUGCCUGCCAGGGCGAUACAGGCGGUCCUCUGACGGUAGACGAACAACUUGUGGGCCUCGUCUCGUGGGGUCGCGGCUGUGGCCGGCCGGGCUAUCCCUCUGUUUAUACGUACGCCCCCAGCCUGAAGACGUGGAUCGAGGAUACUCUGAAAUCCGCCGGAGUAUUAUAAAUAGACACAUAUACAUAUAUAUAAAUGCCUACGGCAUGUGCUGAUAGGUGCUAUCAACGAUUGCUUUUAGGCGAUAUGUAUUCAGACUUUGUUUUGCCGAUUUAAUGCCCAUUCAAUAAUAAAAUAAACAAUUUAGUAAUUAA